CCUCCGGCGACAUGUUGUCGACAACAGACGUAUACUAGAUGCGUAGACAGACAACGUUGUUAAACAAAAGUUCCGCGCUAACUUUCAGCAUGUUGGCCAACAUGUCGCGCGCCAAAUGUUGCCAAAUGGAAACGCGACUUAUACGCUAUCUGACAACCCAUAUCACGAGGUACAUAGAUUGGACCUGCUAACAACUAAGAACUCCAAUUGGCGCAGAAGUAGUAUACUACCCAGCUCCUUAUCAUUCUGGAGUCCUUGUCAACAUUAUAAGAUUUUUCAUUGAGAUGCACUGGUAUUAUUGUAUAGCUAUGAUGACUGCAAUUGACUGCCUCUCUGUCUGCUCCAUGGUAUUCAUCUCUUCGAAGUUCAAACUCCUCUCUACAUACUUCGAAGGUCUGAAGAAGAAGUACCAGGCUAAUGUCGAGAAAAAGAGUCAGCAAGAGUUGGAGAGAGAGUACAGAGAGGAAUUUGUUACGGGGAUAAAGUUGCAUCAGAAUACUUUAUGGUACGCCCAAAAUGUUCAGUACGCUUUGGGCAACUUAUACAGCAUCCAAGUAGUACAGAGCAUGUUUCUACUUGUCCUUUGCCUUAUAAAGCUCGUCGUGAUAGAACGAAAUUUAAUGUUCUGGGUGGCAAACAUGACAUUCAUGUCAUGCCUGGUGGCGUUGCUUGGAGGAUACAUGAUGGCUGGUGGAGACAUUACCUACGAGGCAUCGCUGGUACCGAACGCGAUAUUCAACUGUGGCUGGGAGCUGAUGCAGGGCAACAAGGAGUUGCGGACUAUGGCCGUGGUGGCGCUGAUCCGCAGCCAGCGCAGUGUCGUCAUGGUGUCAUUCGGAGUGCUCGAACUCUCGUACGGCAAUUUUAUUUCGGUAAUUCGCAAUUCGUACUCCUUCUUCGCGGUAUUUUAUUAAUUGUACAACGUUUCUUCUUAGGCUGAAAGCACUUAAGUACUUAAGAAC